AGACUUUUGUUAGUUUAAAGGGAUUACAUCGAGUUGCAUGGACAGAGGAGAAAGAAAAUUAAUGGUUAGCGUUGUUUUUGUUGUCAAAGGAUGUUUCUACUUUUUACAUAAGCCGCUCUCAGUUCGCUGAGCGGAUACUGACUGACCUUUUACGCACGGGGACCUCGCUCAUUUCUUUAUUUCUUUUUGUGGAUGAACUUUACAAAGCCCUUGAAAUGAUUCGAGAUCUGAGCAAGAUGUACCCGCCGGCACGGCAUCCGGUGCCACACCAGCCGGGGCAGCCGUUCAAGUUCACCGUCACCGAGUCCUGUGAUCGGAUCAAAGAGGAAUUUCAGUUCCUGCAAGCCCAAUAUCACAGUCUAAAGUUGGAAUGUGAAAAACUGGCCAGUGAGAAAACUGAGAUGCAAAGACAUUAUGUAAUGUACUAUGAAAUGUCAUAUGGGUUGAACAUAGAGAUGCAUAAACAGGCAGAGAUCGUCAAGCGCCUGAAUGCAAUCUGUGCCCAAGUCAUCCCUUUCCUCUCUCAAGAGCAUCAACAGCAGGUGGUGCAGGCGGUUGAAAGAGCGAAGCAGGUCACCAUGGCUGAACUCAACGCCAUUAUAGGACAGCACCAGCUCCAGGCUCAGCACCUCUCCCAUGGUCAUGCCAUUCCAGUCCCGCUCACCCCCCAUCCAGCAGGUCUGCAGCCCCCUCUGCCCCCGGGUGCCAGUACUGCCAGCCUGCUGGCUCUAUCAUCAGCACUGAGUCACCAGCUGCCACUUAAGGAUGAGAGGAAACACCAUGAGAACAACGGAGAACAUACAAGAGACAGAGACUCAGUUAAGAGAUCCUCUGUGUCUCCGUCAGCCAGUUUCCGGGCCGGAGAGAAACAUCAGAGUUCCAGUGAUUUUUCAUCUGACAGCAAAAAGCAGAAGACAGACGACAAAGAGCUAACCUCGACCCGCUACGAAAGUGAUGGAGAAAAGAGUGACGACAACUUGGUGGUGGACGUCUCCAAUGAGGAUGCUACGUCUCCUCGAGGAAGUCCUGCCCACUCUCCUCAGGAGAACGGAUUGGACAAAAGUCGCCUGCUAAAGAAAGACGCCCCCCUGAGUCCUUCUUCCAUCGCCUCCUCCAGCAGCACACCUUCAUCCAAGUCCAAAGAGAUUAAUUUGAAUGAAAAAUCGACAACGCCUGUGUCUAAGUCCAGCACCCCAACAUCCCGUUCUGAGGCCCCCACACCUAGCAGCACCUCCACCCCUGGCCUGAGGCCUGCGCCGAGCAAACCCACAGGAGCUGAGCUGCUUGCUUCCGGUCUUCGCACACCGCUUGCAGUGCCCUGCUCUUACCCUGGACCGUUUGGAAUGGUGCCUCAUCCCGGCAUGAAUGGAGAGCUGAGUGGAGCAGGCGCCGUCUAUACUGGCCUGCAUAACAUCUCCCCACAGAUGAGCGCAGUGGCUGCUGCUGCUGUGGCGGCAUACGGACGCACACAAGUGGUGGGAUUUGAUCCUCACCAUCAUAUCCGAGUCCCAGGCCUUCCCCCCAACCUGUCAGGAAUUUCUGGUGGAAAGCCAGCCUAUUCCUUUCAUGUGAGCGCUGAUGGACAAAUGCAGCCUGUGCCUUUUCCUCCAGACGCUCUGAUUGGCCCCGGCAUCCCACGCCAUGCACGACAGAUCAAUACUCUUAGCCACGGAGAGGUGGUGUGUGCUGUCACCAUCAGUAACCCGACUCGUCAUGUCUAUACCGGGGGCAAAGGCUGUGUGAAGGUGUGGGACAUCAGUCAUCCUGGUAACAAGACCCCUGUUUCCCAGCUGGACUGCCUUAACAGGGAUAACUACAUUCGCUCAUGUAGGCUGCUUCCUGAUGGACGGACGCUAAUUGUUGGGGGGGAGGCAAGCACUUUGUCUAUUUGGGAUUUGGCUACACCAACUCCUCGCAUCAAAGCAGAGCUGACCUCAUCUGCACCAGCGUGCUACGCUUUGGCCAUUAGCCCUGACUCCAAAGUUUGCUUUUCUUGCUGCUCUGAUGGAAACAUAGCUGUCUGGGAUCUUCACAACCAGACUUUGGUUAGGCAGUUUCAAGGCCAUACAGACGGGGCAAGUUGUAUAGAUAUCUCUAACGAUGGAACCAAGCUGUGGACUGGUGGUCUGGAUAACACCGUUCGUUCUUGGGAUCUGAGAGAGGGCCGGCAGCUGCAGCAACACGACUUUACUUCUCAGAUCUUUUCUCUGGGUUACUGUCCGACAGGCGACUGGUUAGCUGUCGGGAUGGAGAACAGUAAUGUGGAGGUCCUGCAUGUCACUAAACCUGACAAAUACCAACUCCACCUACAUGAAAGCUGUGUGCUCUCACUAAGAUUUGCUCACUGUGGAAAGUGGUUUGUGAGCACAGGAAAAGACAAUCUACUCAAUGCAUGGAGAACCCCAUACGGAGCCAGUAUUUUUCAGUCAAAGGAGUCAUCAUCAGUGCUGAGCUGCGACAUCUCCAUAGAUGAUAAGUAUAUCGUGACGGGAUCAGGAGACAAAAAGGCGACGGUCUACGAGGUCAUCUAUUAAGAAAGCUGGACUUCAUGGUCAUCCUUUCAUCAGGAUGUAAAGUCUCCUAUCAUCCGUACGAAAUCCAACAAUAAAAAAAAAAAAACAUUUUCUGGGAUUUUAACA